AUAUCCAGUCAUUCUCUGCACGGCCGUCAAGAUGUUGGCAGUGUAUGGCAAUUCGCCGUACAUAUAUCCAUCAGGAUGAUGUGACUGAAACAAUAAACUGGUUUAGACAUACAGAUAUCUACAAACCAACUAGAGAGUUGUUAUUUCUACGUACAUGGGUCACACGUAUUGAUCCAAUGCCUUACUAAGACAGUUACAGAAUGGAUGACAUUCCCCGUGUAUCAGAAGUCCUGUACGUGGGUCUGUGUCAUGAAGUGGGGACACCUACAGAAGUGACCAUCAGAAGGGACGUGACCGACAUGAGGGAAAUAAUAGAGAACCAUGUAGGGAUACGCAAAGGACAGAUAACGAUGUUAAGUGGUAGUAAUAGGGAGGGAUUCAGGUUUCAAUCAUCGGACAUGGACAUCAUGAUCUGGCAUUGUCACCAUAAACUAAUAACCGAUAUCGCGCAGGCCAGACUUUACGAUAGAAUGAGACACACCAUUUUACUGAUGGAGAACAACGAUACACCACCUGGGUUCGUCAAACUACAGAUUCUGACAUUGCCACAAUUGUGCUCCCUCGCAUCCUCAGGUGUGUCAGUCAAUGACAGAUCUUAUAUAUCAAGUUUGCUAGUUCAACAAAGUAUGAUCAAUCACUUUAUUAAUGAGAAAGGUUACACGAAAGUUACCAGUCACGGUCCUUGUGCUAAUACUUAUAUUGGAUCGCAUGAAAUUGAUCAUGCUUAUUGUAUUGCUGGGACAUAUUGGCCUGAAUUGACACAACCUUGGAUUACAAGAUGUCUCUUGCAUACUUGGCCUCCUGUACCUGUGCUUGAAGAAAUUUUUAAAGAUGGAUAUCACUGUGUGCCAGUAGGAAGUAGAAUUGAUUCUAGUGGAAACCUAUUAGAGUGGAGAUUGUCGUUUUCUCAAGCCGAACAAAAACUUUUGUCUACCAUGAAUCAUACUCAAUUUCUGGUUUACGGACUUCUGAAAAUAUUUCUAAAGGAGAUAGUCAAUCAUGGUGUGGAGGAACCAUUACUAUGCUCAUAUUUCCUGAAAACCACCGUAUUCUGGAUGAUACAGGCAGGGUCUGUCGAGUGGCGCCCUAACAAUACACUGAAUUGUUUCUGGAAGUGUUUCAAAUAUCUCAUCCACUGUGUUUAUCGUGGUGAGUUCCCGAAUUUUUUCAUCCCACAGAACAAUAUGUUUAUAAACAAAGUUGUAGGUGCUGCUCGCACGGCCUUACUGGAACAGCUUUAUCAUUACCGCAGCAUGGGCGUGUCCUGUCUCCUGCUCAGUCCAACCCUCAGAUCGAUCUUAGAGCCAGCCCUCAGUAGUCUCACCUUAGUGGUAACCUCUGCUGAAGGACAUAAUAAAGCUAUUGUAGAUUUAGACGACACCGCGAGCAGAGAGAUAUUUUUUCUCAGGUUUAGGGUUGAGGAGGAGUUAUCUAGCUUUUUCAUUUUAUUGUCAGCAGUAGACAAAUUAUCACGCUUACCACUCUCACCAUACCAAACAUUAACAUUACAGUAUUAUACAGCUGAGGUACUCGUUCGCACGGCCUUCAUAAUGGUAAACAGGACUUCAUGCCAAACGUGUAAAAAUGUUUACAAGCUAGACAGAAUUGUUUGUAACAUGUUGAAACUGGCAUCAGGAGUAGGUCUUGUGUCACAUUCACUGCAUCUUGCCUUGUAUUACUAUAGAACAAGGAGAUACAAUGAAGCACUGCGUCUCACUUAUCUCAUUAAACAAAGACUAUUACAGCCCUAUAUCCUGUAUUGCGAUAAUGUAGACAAAAAGAUGUACAGAGAGGUUGUAGGUAGUGUGUCCCUGUCGAGGAAAAUGAAAACAGCCUGGGUAAACCAUGUGAUACUUAAAAAUGAAAUCCACUAUAUUGAUGAAUUAAUCUUAGAACAGGAAGUGAGUAAACAAAACGAUCAAGAUGAAUUAUUCAUCCCUCCAUUAGUGUUGACAGACAUGUUAUUAGUGUUGUCUCACUACAGACUAGGUAACAGAUCCCAGUAUCUACAGUCUCUGACAGACCUACACACCCUGCUGCUCUAUGAUGAUGGGAGAUAUGUACCGUUACAUCACAGAGACAUGUCCUGGGAGAUACUGGGGAUCUGUCAGCAUGUUGCGGGGGACUUGCACGGGGCGUUACACUCUUACCAAGAGUCACUCAGACAAGAACAACAACACAACAUACAGACAGCUACAGAACAUAGAAUAGUGUUUGUUGAACGUCAGUUACACAGAAAUAGGCAAUCAUGAUAGUAUGCCCUGCAAAGAAAUUUAACAAUAUGCAUUUCACAGUUAUGUUUCGCUGUGGUCUCAUCGUAGUGCAAUAAACAAUUUUGUCUUCACAUUUGCCACAACGUGUAUUGAAAUGACAACAUCUGCACAUUGGAAUAUUAAUGCAUAUGUCACCCGAUGUAGUGAACCUUUUCUUCUCAUUCCUGUAAAUUCUUUGAUCUUUCCAAAAUGGAAUGCUCGGUUGUGAAGCUGUUAUCAUUUAAAUAUCCCUGCACACCUACAAGUACUCUACUUUGUGUUUUCUUCGUAUUGAACGCAAGGUGAAGAUAACGAACAGUGAUCAAUAUCAUACAUGCCAUAAGCAAUACAAAAUAGAUAGUUGGACAAACACGAAACCUACAUACACCAGAGGUGGGAUCAGGUGCCUAGGAGGAGUAAGCAUCCCCUGUCGACCGAUCACAACCUCCAUGAGCCCUAUAUCAUAAUCAAGUAAGCGGAGUUAUCCGUAGUCAAAAACAGUGUGUCAUGAACGGUCUAAUAAUCGGUAUGAAACACGUCAGACAGCAUGAAUGCAUGAAAAUAAGACUUUUUGAUGUUAACAAUUCAUUUCCAUGUUAAAACCUGUAUCAUGUAUAUUUAUAUUUUGAAAUUAAGAUAUGUAUGUAUGAUGUAAAUAAAGUUCAUGACAAGCGUGUAA